AUGUUCCAGCCAAACCCCCAAGACCACCUACAUCUGCGCCUGCACCGGGCACGGUCAGUCGUCCUGACCGCAGAAGAGCUCGUCGAGAUUCGCGCCGCCCAGCGUACCUUUGAGGGUGCCUACAUGCGUACCGCACUCUCGCAGUUCUCUUUCGCCCUCAUCAUCCUCAAAAUCUUCACCUCCGAGUUUUACGCCAUUGGCGCCCUGUUCGCCGUCUACGGCGCCGCCGUCAUGCUCGUCGCCAUCUUCCGCCGCCACGAGGGCAACCGCCAGUUCUUCACGUCUCCGAAGGCGGACGCGCACGGCGCCGUCUCCGUCGUCCGCAAGUUCCGCACCUCUGGCAACAGCGUCGCACUGCUCACGGUGCUGAGCCUCGCCGCGUACGUCACGCUGCUGGUCCUCACGUGGCGGCUGGUCCAGUGA